CCCCCACCAGUCGUCGGCCCAAAACAAUCGACUGUUCAAUUUUCCACGCUGCGCUCCCACAGACCCAAGAACGCGCUCCGGACAGCUUCCUGGAGCUCUAGCAUACCUAAUCUACCUUUUUCUUCCGUUUCGUCGCCCGCACCCGCUCUGCUACGGGCCACACGCGCCGACUGCCCCGCCACGACUUGCCCGUCCCUUACCGCUGGACCUGCACCCGCGACGAGCAGCCCCACGACACACCUUUUGCACUCGUCUACAGCAUGGCGACGCUCCCGGAGAACGUGCACGCUGCCCUCACCAACCUGCUGCGCGGCCUGCAGUCGUCGGACAAUGUGGAGCGCACAGCCGCCGAGCAGCAGUUGAACGACGAAUGGCUCAGCCAGCGGCCCGACGUGCUCUUGAUGGGCCUCUCUGAGCAGAUCGACUUUGCCCCAGACUCGACAACGCGCACAUUCGCUGCUGUCAUCUUCAGGCGACAGUCCUCCAAGCCGCGGAAGACGGCCAACGGCCAGACGGCCGACGUCUUCCUGACCCUCAACCAGCCCGAGCGCGAGGCCAUACGUGCACGUAUGCUGCAAUGCCUAGGGAAGGAGCAGGACACUUCGGUGCGGAGCAAAAUUGGAGACGCCGUUGCCGAGCUCGCGCGACAACACACAGACGAAGGUGUCGCAUGGGACGAGUUGCUAGGCGCGUUGUUCCAGGCCAGCCAAUCGAGCGACGCCGGCCAGCGCGAGACUGCCUUCAGGAUAUUCUCUACUACGCCCGGCAUAAUAGAAAAGCAGCACGAGGAAGUCGUCAUAACCGCCUUCAAGGGCGGCUUCGGCGACAGCGACACUUCGGUUCGGAUUUCCGCCAUGGAGGCAUUCGCAUCGUUUUUCCGCUCCAUCAAGAAGAACGCCCAGUCCAAGUACUACACUCUCAUUCCCGAGAUUCUGAACAUUCUGCCACCCAUCAAAGAGUCUGGGGACGGUGAAAUGCUCACCAAAGCGCUGGUCUCGUUGAUCGACCUGGCCGAGGUCGCGCCCAAGAUGUUCAAGCCGCUCUUCAACAGCCUCGUUCAGUUCAGCGUAUCCGUUAUCCAAGACAAGGAGCUCGAUGACACGCCCCGCCAGAACGCGCUCGAGCUCAUGGCAACUUUUGCCGAUUGCUCACCCCAGAUGUGCCGCAAAGACCCGAACUUUACCAACGACAUGGUUACGCAAUGUCUGUCACUCAUGACCGAUGUUGGCAUUGACGACGACGACGCUACAGAGUGGAACGAGUCCGAGGACCUCGACCAGGACGAAAGCGACUCAAACCACGUUGCCGGUGAGCAAUGUAUGGACCGUCUUGCAAACAAGCUCGGCGGCUCGGCCAUUCUACCUCCUACCUUCAACUGGCUGCCCCGGAUGAUGACUUCGUCUGCGUGGCGCGAUCGGCAUGCCGCCCUCAUGGCUAUCUCUGCCAUCUCAGAGGGUUGCCGUGAGCUAAUGAUUGGAGAGCUUGACAAGGUCCUCGAUCUUGUCCUACCCGCGCUUAGAGACCCGCAUCCGCGAGUGCGAUGGGCUGGAUGCAAUGCUGUUGGUCAGAUGAGCACCGAUUUUGCCGGCACCAUGCAGGAGAAGUACCACCAAGUAGUUUUGCCCAACAUCAUUCCCGUGCUCGAAUCUUCAGAGCCCCGUGUCCAGGCACACGCCGCAGCUGCUCUCGUCAACUUCUGCGAGGAGGCCGAGAAGGAGAUCCUGGAGCCCUACCUGGAUCAGUUGCUGAGCCACCUGCUCAUGUUGCUCCAGAGCCCCAAGCGAUUUGUCCAGGAGCAAGCCCUUUCCACAAUUGCCACCGUUGCCGAUUCCGCCGAGGCCGCGUUCUCCAAAUACUACGAUACCUUGAUGCCACUUCUCUUUAACGUGCUCAACGAGGAACAGUCUAAGGAGUACCGAUUGCUCCGUGCCAAGGCCAUGGAGUGUGCCACGCUCAUUGCACUCGCUGUUGGAAAAGAGCGCAUGGGCAACGAUGCCUUAUCGUUGGUCCAACUUCUUGGUCGCAUCCAGAACAGCGUUUCCGAGCCGGACGACCCGCAAGCUUCGUACCUGCUCCAUUGCUGGGGCCGCAUGUGCCGUGUACUUGGAAAGGAGUUUGUUCCCUUCCUGGCUGGCGUUAUCCCACCCCUGACCGAGCUCGCCGCUGCGAAGGCCGACAUUCAGCUUUUGGAUGACGAGGACCAGGUCGCACAGGUUCAAGAGGAGGAAGGCUGGGAGCUCGUGCCUGUCAAGGGCAAGAUCCUUGGUAUCAAGACCAGCACGUUGGACGACAAGCACAUGGCCACCGAGCUUAUUGUCAUCUAUGCGCAGGUUCUGGAGGAGGCUUUUGAGCCAUACGUCAACGACAUCAUGGAGAAGAUCGCUCUCCCUGGACUGGCCUUCUUCUUCCACGACCCCGUACGAGUGGCAUGUGCAAAGUGCGUGCCAGCUCUGCUCACUGCCUACAAGAAGGCGCACGGCCCCGAGUCGACACAGCUUCGCCAGCUGUGGGAGCGAACAGUGGAGCGCGUGCUUGAGGUCCUCAGCACUGAACCGGCCAUCGACACGCUCGCGGAGAUGUACCAGUGCUUCUACGAGUGCUUGGAAUGCAUUGGCAAGAACUCGUUGACCGCCGCGCACAUGGACACUUUUAUCACGUCGGCACGCAGCGUGUUGGAGGACUACCAGGAGCGUGUCAAGGAGCGUCUCAGCGAGCAGGCCGAGACCGAGGAUGGUGAAGAAGUGAGCGAGGACACGCUGUUCGCCAUCGAGGACGACCAGACGCUUCUUUCCGACAUGAACAAGGCAUUCCACACCAUCUUCAAGAACCUGGGCACCGCCUUCCUACCCCACUGGGAGCAACUCAUGGAGUUCUACAAGAUCUCCGCAGCCAACCCAGACCCGACCCAACGGCAAUGGGCCAUCUGCAUAUUCGACGAUGUCCUUGAGUUCUGCGGCCCGCAAUCUUGGAACUACCACGAGCAGAUCAUGCAGCCGCUCGUCGCAGGCAUGCAGGACGACGUCCCCGCGAACCGCCAGGCCGCCGCGUACGGCGUCGGCGUCGCUGCCCACCGCGGCGGCGAGGCGUGGUCCGAGUUCGCGGCCGCCAGCCUGCCGACGCUCUUCCAGAUCACGCAGCGCCCGAACGCGCGUGCCGACGACGACGUGUUCGCGACGGAGAACGCGUGCGCCUCCAUCGCAAAGGUGUUACACUACAACCCCGGCAAGGUGCCGAACUGGCAGGAUGUCGCGGCCGCGUGGGUCGAUACGCUGCCCGUCACCAACGACGAGGAGGCCGCGCCGCAUGCCUACGCAUUCCUUGCGCAGCUUAUUGAACAACAGAACCCCGCCGUCACAUCCAACCCGGGCAAACCCUUCAUCGCCGUCGUGCAAGCCCUCGAAGCGGAGACCCUGCAGGGCAAGGUCGGCGCCGCGGUCGUGGCAGCGGUCAAGGCGCUGGUUCAGGCGACAGGCUUCUCGCUCGCGCAGGUCGCAGGCAGCCUGAGCCCGGAGCAGCAGCGCACGGUGCAGGUGUACUUUGGCUAGGUGCUCGUGGCACCUCAGAGUGUGCUUUAGAGGGUGGGAGCGAGUGGAAUCGAGGGGAUGGGCGAAGUGAGAGAUGGAGGUGGGGGUGUUCAUCGGCUUGAUAUGUUUCUCUUUUCUUUAUGUUGGGUUGGUUGGUCGCUUCAUCACAGAUUCCCCCCUUGGUAUUUUCCCCCUGGCCCGAAUGCACAUGGAUAGAUAGACUGACCGGAAUGGCACGUGUAAUCAUGUAUC